AUGGGUAAUUGCAAUAAUGCUCCAGAUCUAAAUGUUAAAGAAAUAAAAGUGCCUAAUAAAUGCGAAUAUAAUUUUUUGUAUGUUAUUGGGAGAGGUGGAUUUGGGAGGGUCUGGAGAGCUGAACAUAGGAAAACUAAACAUCAAUAUGCUAUCAAAGAAAUGUAGAAAUGCAAGAUUGUUAAUAAAAAAAGCAUUGGUUCGGUGAUGAAUGAGAGAUACUUAUUAAGCAAUCUCAGACAUCCAUUUUUAGUAAAUAUGCACACAGCAUUUCAAGAUCGAGAAAGUCUCUAUUUAGUUAUGGAUCUUAUGACUGGAGGAGACCUUAGAUUUCAUCUUUGUAAAAAUAGGACGUUUAAUGAAGAAUAGACAAAAUUUUUUGUCAUCUGCAUACUUUUGGCCUUAGAAUAUCUUCAUAAUAGCACUGUUAUACAUAGAGAUAUUAAACCUGAAAAUUUAGUCUUUGAUAAAAAUGGUUAUUUGAAAUUGACAGAUCUUGGUAUUGCAAGAAUAUGGAAACCAGGAAAUGAUGGAGACACUAGUGGAACACCUGGGUAUAUGGCUCCUGAAGUUAUGUGCAGAUAAGUUCAUGGGGUGGCAGUGGAUUAUUUUGCAGUUGGAGUAAUAGCUUACGAAUGUAUGAUGGGAAAAAGACCAUAUUUGGGUAAAACCAGAAAAGAGAUUAGAGACUAAAUUUUGUCUAAAUAAGUUACAAUUAAGGCUAAUUAUAAACCAAUAGACUGGUCUGAUGAGGCUGCUGAUUUUAUUAAUUAAAUGAUCUAAAGAAAACCAGUAAAUAGAUUAGGAUUUUAUGGCCCUGAAGAAGUAUUUGCUCAUCCUUGGUUUAAGAAUAUCAAAUGGGAUGACUAUUUAACUCAAUUAAAAUAACCUCCUUAUAAAAUUAAUGUAAUUUAGUAAUAAAGUAGAUUUUAGUCAAGUUCCGAUAAUUUUGAUUAAAAGUUUGCCAAUCUUUAAGACCCUGAAGACGAGGCUUCAGCUAAAUAGAAUGCAGAACUUUUGAAAAGAGAUUCCAUUUAAGAGGCCUUUAACGGAUACACUUUUAAAUCUUAAAAUUCUUAAUAAACAAUAUAAGACUAAUCAAAUUCAAAGCCAACAACUUCAAUGAGUUAGUAAAUUACUCCAACGAAAAAGAAUUUACUUGAUUCUGAUCGCUAAAUUGAAUCCAAAUCUUAGAAGAAAUAUAAUUUAGUUUAAACCUUGGGAUUUAAUAAAAAAUUAAACUUUACUCCAGAUUAACCACUCGCAUAGAGAGAGCAAACUAAAAAAAAUUUUGAUUUUUGA